UCAACUAUCAUCUUCAUUACCAGGGUGUAAAGAGAAGAAAAACGAGGGACAGAGACUCGCCCUCGAGACUGACUAAAUAAAACAAAGCUUGUGUUACAUAUCCUUAAUCCAACAAUAGUUCGAUUCGAUAUUACAAAUUUAUAAGCGGAGCUUCAGAUACGAUAUAAUACGAUAUCCAGUAUCCCCUCCCCUCUCCCCUCUCCCCCCUCCCCCCCGCCAUGGAUGAAGCGCUCGAUCCUGCGGCAGCAGCCGCAGCAUUUUCUGCCGCUUCGCAGUUUCUCAAUACUUAUGCUGUAGGCGAUACUAUCUCUCGUGCAACCUCGCCCGGCUUGCCACCCUCUAACUUACCCGAUACCGACGAUACUAAGCGCUAUCGACCGCGCACCUUUGCAUACUUUCAACUACUACCCUACCCAGUCGAAGACGAUGCUGCUCGCGAUGCCGCCUUGCAAGGAAUAUUGAGACAGCUCUAUAUAGCCGUCAAGGCUGAGGAUUUCUCCCCUGGUGCUCUUCACUGGACGCGGCAGCUUCAGGGAUGGCUGGCGCUCAAGUUCGACAUGCCUCGGGAGUUACGCGCCAAGCUCGUACAGUUGUACUUCCAUCUGUCGCUUGCGCCCGGUCUAGAUAAUAAUUCGGCCGAUCGGUUCUCUAAGAUGGUUGUAACGUUGAUCCGGAGAAAGCAAGCUCUUAAGCCUGAACAAGACCUCAUCCUCGACUGGAGACCCCUUUGGACGGAGUUGAAGGCGUUAGUGUUACCCGGCGAGGCUGCUGCGCAUCAUUCUUCUAGACGGCGGGGUGGUAAGCACCUCCGGAAACUGUGCCUCUAUUCGCAGUUAUACUUCGAUCCCAAAGAACGGCGCGCUAUCCUGGAAGAGGUACUGCCAUAUUUCAGUACUUCGGACAUACAAAAUGCCUACAUUGUUAUUGGUCUCUUGAACAUUCUAAUGCCCACGACACCAGCUCCUCCUACCGAGCUACAAUCUCAGCCAUCCGAUUUCAUACCUACUUUCUUCCAUCUUUGGUCGCUGAUGACCCGCUCCAAGGUGGUAGACAAUGCCUUCAUCGAUAUAUUCUCCAGAGUUGCUAGGGACUAUUUGACAUGUCGGCAUGUACCCUUCGGCGAGCAUGGUGUCUUCACACGGGAGCAGUCUGAUCUAAUAUUUACUGCUAUUCUUCGUUUGACUGAGAUACCAGUUGGACAAGCGAAUUCACCAUACACUUCACUUGACUACUCGGUUGGGAUGGCCAUCUUCCUCGAGAAAGACAAGAAAAAACAUCCAAUACCCUAUAUUGUCGCCCGUUGGGUUAUAUCUUCCUUAUCUCCCCAUUGUCUUGGCAAGGACAAUUCAAUAUUAAAUAGCCUCGAAGGCUUCAUGGAAUCGAUUGAUACUUUCUUCCACCCAUCGAAUCACGGCUCCUGGUCUAAGAUGCUGGCUCAGCUGACCUAUUACCUCAGCGAGUUGUUUGUAUCUCGUUGGAACCGAGAACAAAGUGAAGAGCAGGACACCCCCGCCGACCGAAAGAUCAACGAUGCUCUGAAGCACCGUUUUGUCUUGAGUUUGCGAGAGGUCACUUUUAUGGGACUCUUCGGGAAAAGUUCAGCUAUCACCAGCUUGUACUUUAACGCUCUGCAAAAUCUUACCUACCUGGAGCCUGAUCUGAUGCUGCCCGGCGCACUCCAGAGGUUCUACCCGAGUUUGCAAGGCCUAGUCGAAGUUCAUCGGACUACCUCUAGUCUCUGUGGCCUAAACAUGAUUGCAAAUAUUAUGUCGAGUCAGAAAGGCUUCAGAUGCCACAUCACUGCUCUAUUAGCAUUAGCUCUACCUGGUAUUGAUGCUAAUGAUCUAAACAAGACACAGUAUACCCUAAACUUCAUACAAAGUGUUUCGUACAGUAUCCCGUUCGUGACUUUGGCAAAAGAGAAUAACCAGGUUCAUGAUACUAGCCUCGCCAUGCAAUGGGUCCAAGGGGAAAUGGAGCGGAUGGAACGCGAGGGCCAAGAUGUUAAUAUCGACUAUAAGAACGAGUUGACCGACGAAGACGAGGCGGACAUUGUGCGCUCCUCAACCGCAGGUUUCGGUGAAUUCAUCUUGACGCUCCUAGGGAAGGUCUUUACGUUGCUGGAGAAUUUACCAGAUUCGUCGCAGGUCCGCUCUGGAUCCCCUGAAGAUAAUAUUAUCAAUACCCUACCGGCUGCCUUGACCCCAAUGUUUGCUUCUCUAUCACCUGAGCUCUUUGACAUGGCUUUAGAGAAGCUUUCUACCUUUGUUUCGAGCCAUGUAGUCCACCAAGCUCGCGAUGCUAUGGCUUGGAUCUGCAACGCGCUUUGCAAAGUGAACCCAGAAAAGACACUGAAGGUAUUCAUUCCUAUGUUGAUUGUUAAUAUACGAAAUGAAAUUGACUACAACGGUGCUGCAUCCGAUCGGAGCAGCGGCACCGAAGUCCUUCCUCGGGAUAGGGCUCUCGUGUGGCACGUGAGUAUCUUGAGUAUGUGUGUUGUUCAUGUGGGCAGCGAGGUGCUCAAGUAUAAAAAAGAUCUUUUCGAAAUUGCAGAGUACAUGCAAGAUAAGUGCAGAGGCCUCCCCACUAUUCACAUUAGCAAUUAUAUACACCAUUUACUACUCAACCUCACGCACACGUACCCAAUAGAUACCUCGCUUUACGAGCCUGAUGUCAUAGAGCGUGGCCUAGACGUCGCUGAUUGGGGCAAGACAACAUCACCAGCGGACUUAACGAUCCGGUGGCAUCGGCCUCUUGAGGAAGAGAUCCAGUUUGCGGUUGAACUGUUCGAAUCCCAAGCUGGAGGGGCCAUGCAACGGCUUGAGUCAUUUAUGAGUGAGAAUCCACCUGUUAGUCGGAAAGGAAAGAACAAAGAAUGGUCGGACGAGGUUUCUCGCCAAUUAACUCAGUUGCGAUUGGUCAUCUCAGGCCUCGCAACCCUAUUUGACCCGAAACGGGCAUCUGGGGAGGCUGGUGGACACCUUAAUGGUAAUGGGAAAUCUGAAGAGCAAGAGGACGAAAUUAUGGCUGAUGGCGACGACGAUGAUGACGAUGACAACAACCCGUUAGCCGAAGUGGGAGAAGAUGACGACACAAAGCCACAGUUUAAAUAUCCAAGCGGUUACUUACUUACACCCGACACCCCGCUUUACGACCGGAUCCAUAACCUCCGAGAAGAUAUAGGACGGUUGCUCUCCCGAACACACUCGUUCCUCAACUCCCACCAGGAAGAUGACGUCGCCUGCUUCACAGCUCUAUACAACACGUAUCGUACCUGGAUUACGGAUGUGGGAUUUGAGAGGUCAGCACACCCAUUAGACCGCCUGGUUCGACUAUACAGGGCAGAUAUUGCCCCUUUCAAGAUAAGUGGUUUGCGAAAGGUGUAUCCCAGACCUCUUCUUAUCAAGAGGGCCGAUGCAUAUCAGCUACAGAGGGUUAAGCAUAAUGCAUCAGUCCGGAGGAAGAGCGAGCUAGAUAAGUGCUUGCUCCUUGACCUUGCCGAAUCCUCUGUCUCUUCAUAUGCGGACGUGAGACGAAUUGCCCAGGGUGCGCAAGAUGCGUCACUAAAGGCAUUGAUAGGUGGCCGCCCGCUCGUUAUCCCUGUCAUACUGGAGAGAUUCCGCAAGGCCCUCGAAGAGGUCGACCACGAUCGUAUCAAGGGUGCCAUGUAUACAUUACUCUUCACAAGCUUACUCAGGACGUUAAUGAGGGACUGGAGAUUUGCCCCUGACUUGAUGCGAUUAUACAUACAAUCAGCCAACGUCGACAAAACGUCAAUUCAGAAUCUGGGAGCAACUGCCAUUUACCCGCUGAUGGACUUUGGUAAGCGGUUCGAAUUGAUGGUGAUUACCGAUGAGGAAAUAGUUAGUUUGAUCAAGCCAGCUGAAGAUUGUUCGAAGGCUAUCGAUACAAGACAUGAUUUCAUUGUUGAGCGCAGAAAGAGGGUCGAGCAGAAAAAGGCAGCAUUGGGACUCGAAUUAACGGAAAUUGCAAAGGAAUCACACUGGAAGACAGCCAGCCGUUGUGCUAUCUUUACGACGAAUCUUUGUUUACGCUUCGAGGGCAUCGCGCCACCAGAGUUCAUCGAGCUCGUCGUCAAGGGAACAAACGACCCCCACCCAGGCUUAAGGGCUAAUUACCUAAACGCAUUUUCAAACAUAUUCACUGCGAUCGAUCAGCGUGCUGUAUAUGGGCACAGCUACCGGGACUACCUCUGCGAGAAGGAGCAAGAUAUCAACAAACUUGUCAUCCCGGUUCCGAAGGGUGAUGCCGAAUUUACGGAAACUUUCUUAGAUAGCUUCAAGCACCCUGAAAGUACAAAAUACUACGUCGACACAGAUCACCCUGGCUGGCUAGUCUGGGGCAAAAAUUUCAAUGCCUUCAAAGCAGACCCGGAAAAGUUUGACGCUUACGAUGACGUUGAGAAGGCUGCUAGGCAGCAAAUUGGCAAAUUAAUAACGAGGCAGUGGCUUUCUCAAUGCUUCGAUUAUCUAAAGCAGGAGCCGCGAGACUCAUCCUCCGAUAGGUUCAGAACCUCCAACGUUGUGUUGCUCAUGCAUGUCUUUGACCUUAUGAUAUACGGGCAAACCGAGCUCAAGUUCGAGGAUGUCAAAGAAUUGGUAAGUGAAGUAUACGGCGAUGGAAGCGACAAACACCAGCAUCGUGCUACAUCAGAGAUCCUGGGUGCAUUGAUGGUUGGUACGGCUUACGAUCCUGUCCGUAUGAAGCAGGAAGUCUGGGGCUUUGCACAGCCGAUGAUCCUCGAUAUUUUCGCCGAUAACCUUACACCCGAUAACCUCUCGUACUGGGCCACGUGUCUUCAUUUUAUCAUUGAUACAAAGGAUCCUCGCCGUGCUAGCGAGCUUGUUAGCCGCCUGAGCUCUUUCCGCCUAGAUAUGAACUCCAACGCCGCCUUUAAGGAAUCCUCAAAAGUGCAGCUUCUCGAGUUCCUCAUUAAUGACUGUGGCUGGCACUACCGUCACGAUGAACCCAUCUUGGACGACUUCCUAGCGCACAUUGACCACCCAUAUAAAGCCGUACGCGAAUCCAUCGGUCGUGUAAUUGCCACUAUCUAUAGAACUAGAUAUCACGAGUCAUUCGAGAAUGUUAGCGCUCUACUAGAACAGAAUAAGGCAGACUCAAACAUCGGUAUUCGACCUUACAAGCCAAGUGAUGAAUUUACCGCUACCAUCAGAGACGUAUUUGCUCGUCUGGAAACUUGGCGCCACGAGCGUACGCCUGGCCAACAAACGCCAUCUUCUUACACGUCUGGGUCAAAGACGGUCCUCAUAUGGCUGGACAACACUCUUUCGUCGCAGGAGUGCAUCCAGUUGAUUCCAUUCUUCCCGGAGCCGUUUAUUGACCAGCUUCUACACAUGAUGGACGUCAAAGAAGACCCAGAAUUAAUGCGUCUAGCCUACCAUGUCUAUCGCCAUCUGCCGAACAUUCCCUUCCGUACUGGAGAAGACGCGCCGUUCAUUGCGGCAUUGAUCCGUCUGGGAAGAACUGCCACAAGCUGGCACCAGCGUCUAAGAGCACUUGUUAACAUGCAGGUCAUCUAUUUCCGGCGAUUAUUCCUGAUGGACGCCCCGCAGCGAGAGUUACUUUUCGACGCUGUGGGUGACAUGCUGGCCGAUUCCCAGCUUGAAGUUCGAACCGUUGCAGGUGCGACGCUGGCAGGUAUGAUCAGAUGUUCCCCGGCUACGAUACGUAACCCCUUCAUCGCUACCCUAAAGUCGCGUUUCGAGACUCAACUGGCGAGGAACCCAAUGCCGAAGAAGAGACAGCCGGGGACAGAAACGCCGGUCAAUGUCACACAACAAAUCGUGAAAAGACAUGCUGCUGUCCUGGGUCUCGGAGCAUUGAUUGAGGCAUUUCCAUACGCGACGCCGCCACCAAGUUGGAUGCCUGAAGUCCUAGCCUUGCUUGCAAGACGUGCAGCAAGUGAUCCGGGCGUAGUUGGCAAAGCCACCAAGAGUAUCCUAUCUGAAUUCAAGAAGACAAGACAAGACAGUUGGGGAGUUGAUCAAAAGUACUUUACUCACGAGCAACUCGAGGACCUAGAAGGAGUCCUCUGGAAAAGUUACUUCGCGUAAUAGUAAGAGGAGUUCAUAUUUACCCCACCUUUAGCCGUACCAGGAAGUGCUUGAUUUAGGAAUGGAAUAGAAACUUAGGCAUAGGCGGUGCUUUUUCUUGGAAUACCGAGUGUGUACACUAAAGGCCACCGGGAUGGAAACGAAUAUAGGUCGCAUGGGGGUCAGGUAGAUACUUUUACAUACAUAUAGAUGUGGAAGGAUACAUCAGGUGUGUUCGGACAAAUAAACCAUUAGAACAUGCAGUGCUCGGGGGCGCUGAUAACUGAUAGGUGCUAGCGAGUUAUCACGUACCGCAUAGCGUUGGGUGGACCACUAGGCCUAGAAAUCAAGGCGGCGACUAUAGAAAAUAUCAAAUACAUAUAGAGCGCGCAAUGUCUUGAAUUCCGUAUUUGUGGUUUUUAAUAAUCGACCUAGAACACGUUCAGUUACCUAUACCUAUCCGUUUGAGAUCUCUGAACUUGGACUGGCAGGCGUCCAUGAGACUCGGGAGUAUAUCCUUCCGUCAUGUUGCUACUUCAAUAUAGUGUAGUCUGUCUUGUAUCUAUGUGUAAGCCGGAUGACUAUGGAAAGGGGUUAACUGUAUAGGCUAGGUAGGUAUUUAGCCCCCGAUUAC